GAGAAGAAUCGGACCUAUCUAACCACACAUCGAUGUCUUAUAUACUUACAGCACUGCAACUUCCCGGCGGGCCCGCCUUACACCCCCAUCCGUGUCCCACCACUCCCAUCCGUUCCGAUCGAACCUCGUCCCUCGAAGAUGGGAGAAUACGACUCUACGUAUGGAGCUGCGCACCUGGGUGUAUGCAUAGCGUGCAUCUUGUACGGAGUGACGAACCUGCAGACGUUCCUCUAUUUCAGAACCUUUCCCGAUGAUAAGCUAUGGCAUAAAGUGGGCGUGUUCUGGCUUUGGUUUCUGGACACAGUCCAUAUCGUACUGUGCGUAUACAUGGUGUACUACUAUGUUAUCACCGAGUUCGGAAACGAGUUUGCGCUUCUGACGCUAAAUUGGAGUAUAAAGGCGCAACUGAUCGUGGAGGCUCUCGUCAUCUCCAGCGCACAGACUCUUUAUACUAUACGCAUCUGGAAACGUAACUCGACCUCUUCUCUUACUAGUAAUGAGUCUGAAUGGUCGUCCAUAGUCGAUGCGUCGAUCCCGCGCGAACUCGGAGACAGAGGUAGCAAAUACCGCAUAGUCCCUGGUAUCGUCAUCGUAGCUCUCCUGUCUGGUUAUGCUUGUAGUCUUGUCUUCUGCUAUGAAAUUCCUCGCCACAGCUAUAUAGCGGAUUUCUUCGGGAGAGGACUCUGGAUCACUUACUAUGCGGACAUCAACGCAGCAGUCGUGGAUGCAGUAAUCGCCGGUGCUCUGUGUUACCUCCUUGCGCGCUGUCGCACAGGCUACACGAGAAUGGACUCGACCCUCGGUUGGCUGAUGUUCUACAUACUCAAUACAGGUGUUAUCACCUGCAUUUGUGCAGUCAUCACCGUGAUCAUGGUGAAAACCUUGCCAUAUACCUUCGGUGUAAUUGCCGCACAAGUGAUACAAACAAAACUAUACGUCAACUCCUACCUCGCCCUUACCAACGCCCGUAGCUCCCUCCGCCUCCAAAACCACCGACGUGCCCUCUCCAUUGAAUACAUGCUCCGCCCCAUCGGGCCCCCAAGUACGUCGCGCCGCUCAGACAAUAGCAUCAACACCGGGAAGGACCCACUAUUCCCCGAAGAGAGCCACACGGCUGGGUCGAACGCUCGUGUCGAGCUGUCGCCAGUCCUACAUCGCAACAGUACUAUCUAUAUUGGAGACGACAAGAAGGCGACGAUGGCGGAGGAGAACGUAUGAGUCCGAAGGAGACGACUGUACGCGACGGGCUGUGAGUGUAUUAUACGAUGCACACAGCUGCACGGACAGAUGGCUGUAUGAUCACGACCUGUGUACGACCUGUGUAUGACCC